AUGGAGUAUAGAGUAGAAAUCUGGGGAUGGGAAGAAAGAGGAAGUCUGGAGAAAAUUAUGUUAGAUUACGAGGGCUGUUUGAUAAGUACCCGUGACAACGCACCUUCGAUGACUAUCAUAAGAUAUUGGUACAACGAAUUUAAGCGUGGCCAAACAUCCAUUUUUGAAGAGCGCCCAGGUCAUCCGAUUGAGGUGACUACGGAGGAUGUGAUCAACAAAAUCCAUGAUAUCGUGUUAGCAGACCGCCGGGAGAUCAGAGAGAUUGCUAACAUUGUAAAGAUCUCAACUGAACGCAAAAUGUCCUACGAAACAUUGGGCAUGAAAAAGCUAUCGGCGAAAUGGAUGCCGCGUUUGCUUAUAGUGGAACAAAAACGGAAUCGCAUGACAACUUCAAAGCACUGUUUGGACAUGUUUAAGCGCAAUCCGAAAGAAUUUCUGCGUUUCGUCACUGUUGACGAAACAUGGAUCCACCAUUACACACCAGAAGCGAAAGAACAGUCUAAACAGUGGACUAAAUCCGGCGAAUCUGCUCCAAAGAAGGCCAAAACGGUUCUAUCGGCCAGAAAGAUCAUGGCUACCGUUUUUUGGGAUUCGCAAGGCAUGAUUUUCACCGAUUUGGAGAAGGGAUGGACAAUCACGGGACAGUACUAUGUUAUGAUUUAUUGGAUCGACUCGACUGAAUUGAAAAAAAAACGGCCUCAUUUAGCGAAAAAAAAGUGCUCUUUCACCAUUAUAAUGCACCAGGUCAUUCGUCCGCAAUCGCCAUGGCAAAACUGGUCGAACUACGAAUUGUUGUCUUAUCCCUAUUCUCCAUUUGGCCCCCUGCGAUUUCUAUUUAUUUCCAAACAUGAAAAAAGGCUUGAAAAAAAGGCGGAAAGUGCUUUGCAUCAAAUGAGGAAGUCAUCGCCGAAAGAGGCCUAUUUUAAUGAGUUCGACCAAUCAUAUUUUUUAAACGGUAUAAAAAUGUUGGAAUAUGGGCUGGGCUAA